GUCUUGAGCCGACAGUCGCCGCCUGGAGGAAAGCAGAUUUUUGUCGCAUAAUGAACGGUUAGUGCAUCGCCUCGAUCCAAUUCAGGAGCGAUUCUGGGAAUCCGGCUCGGUUCCCCCAGUUUAGACACCCGUCUGGAAGGCCAUGUGCUGCCAUUAAAUCAAACGCUCAUUUAAUGGAUAUAACCGGGUGAUCUCGAAGACAUAAGGAUACCAAAACAUCCAGGUGUGAGUUCUGUUCUCCAGGUCUGGAGCAUUCUGUUGUUUCUGUAAGCGGUUCCGGUUUGGUCAGUAUGCAGGGCUGGGUGACUCUGGCUCUGUUGCUGAGCCUCGGGGUCGAAUGCUCCCUCGGACAGAAUGGUGUGGGUGAACUUCCUGUGCCUCGUGGCUUAACCCUAAAUCCUGAUUUACCUGCGCAGACACUUUCUUUGACAUGGCAGAGUGACUCAUCGCUUUUUGACCUUGAGAUUUUCCACACUGAGCUCAUGAAUGUGGUGCUGAAUGAGACUGUGGCAGUUAAAACAGAUCCUGUAACAGGACUGCAUAGUUGGACCUGGCACUCACCUUUACCCUUGGAGUGCACUUCUCAUUCUGCGCACAUCAGAGCACGAAACCAGCAGUCGGUCAGCCAGUGGAGCCCCCUUCAGACCAUUCCAGGGUCGGAUAUUCCUGAGAAGUCUGAGUCUAACAUGUUUCCUCAAGAUAAAGUGGUUCCUGUGGGCAGUAACAUGACCUUCUGCUGCAUUGUUAAGGAGAAGGAAGAUUUCAAAGAAAUUAUGUAUGGGCGUCAGGAGAUGAGCGCCACACGACUGAGCAGAAGAACGUAUGCCAUCACAGCAACCAACCAGCCAGUGUCAGGCAACACGGGCACCAACGUGAUCUGCUGUUCCCAAAGGUUGACCCUCACAGGAGCUGUGGUGUUUGUAGGCUAUCCGCCGGGCGAUGAGGGCUUGGUCUGCGAGACGCGGGACCUGGCAUCCGCAGAAUGUUCUUGGAAGAAAGGACGAGACACUGGCUUGAGAAUGAGGCGCAGCCGCACUAAAUACACCCUUAAUGGAAGGGACUGUUUAGAGGCUAAUGAAAGGAAGAGGUGGUGGUGUAGCUCGAAGGCCUGGGAGCAGAGCUGGACUCUGGUGGCUCGAAAUCCUCUUGGAACAGUCCAGCUCACGGACUCGGCCCAACUCACUGACCGCGUACAUCUGUUGGCUCCAGUGAAUGUGACAGCGGUUGAAGUCAAGGCGUGGAGCGCCACACUGCAGUGGAGCUGGUCUGUGGCGGCGUAUAAAAAGCUGGAGAUGGUCUGCCAGCUGCAGCUCUUCGCCCAUGAACUUAACAGCACACGUAACUACAGUGGUCCAGGUUUAUCUUCUGUGGUGCUGGAGAGUUUGUGGCCAGAUGUGGACUACACUGUGACUUUGUACUGCGGCUCUAAGCAUGGUUUCUGGAAGUGGGGGGAUAAGAGCGCCCCCUACAGGAUCCACACUAAAAUGGACCGUCCUGAUGCUCUUGAUGUCUGGAUGUGGAUGGACAGCAGUAACACAGGACGUGUUUUUUGGAAACCUCUGUCUGUGAGAAAAAGUCACGGUGCAUUAGUCGGAUACGAGGUUUCUCAGAGCUCAGCGGAGGAAGAUGGGUGGACACCGGUUUCUCUUCCUCCUGGGAACUUCAGUUAUCCCAUCAUCCUUAACAACGGCAGUGACAUCACCGUUGCCGUGGCAGCGCGAAACCCAGCUGGUCUCUCUCAGCCUUCCACUGUGACCACACCAGCAUACAGAGCAGAUUCCCAGCUGUCUAUGUCUGAGCUGCUCAGCACAAAUGGAUCAUUUGUCCUCUCCUGGCAGCCUAAUGCCAAUGCGAGCAGCGGGUACGCUGUGGAGUGGGUCCCGACCGGAUGCAGUGGACUCUGCCCCGUUGACUGGAAGAAAGUCCCAGAAUCAGACAGCAGCUUCACAUUGAACUCAGACUCUCUGGUGGCAGGAGUGAGGUAUACAGUAUCUGUGUACGCUCUCUCAACUGGUGCGCCUACGCUGCUGCAGAGAUGGCAGGGAUACUCACAGGAAAUGACUCCUUCACAGUCGGUUAGAGAGCUGUUACCCAAUCAGAGUGGCUCUGAUGUGCUGCUGUCUUGGAAAGCCACUGCGAUGGAAAACCAGAGAGGCUUCAUACGCGGAUACACCAUCUACCUGGCAAAUGCUGCACAUCUGGAACUCAUUGCUAAUAUCUCUGAUCCCGAAGUGCAGUCGUACAGGGUGAAGGGCUUGUCUCUGAGCUCGUACAAGUUCGUAGUGAAGGCCUACACCUCAGCUGGGGAGGAUGCGGGGGCCACUGUGGCCAUUAAAAUGGAGAUGGACACUGCUGACAUGUUGUUUGUUGGCAUUCUUGUGCCGUUGGGAAUCAUGUUCUGCUGUCUCAUCCUCAUCAGCAUUUGCUGCUACAAGAAGAGAGAGUGGGUAAAGAAAGCUUUCUAUCCUGAAAUCCCUGGACCUAAAGUACCCGGAGACUGGUCCUCCCCACAGGGUCCUCUGGAUGUAAAGCCCUCUCCUCACAGUCUGGUCCACAUUGUGGAGAGUCCGGAGUGGGAUUUCACUAAGGAAGGCCUGUUCCCGGUCCCAGAGGAAGAGGAGGAGUCUGAGAAUGACAACAUCGAGGUCGACGCCGACUCGGAUGAACCGGCCCUGCUGAGAUACUACAACCAGGUGGUCGGUGACGGCUCACACGGUAACCAGGUCUCAGACUCCUCCGGUUCCUCAAACACCUCGGUGGACUCCACGCAGACUGAAAUCACCUAUGCAGGCAUCCAGAGCCCCACGUCCUCGCAGGGGGCAUGCGGUGGCGGAGGUUACAGGCCUCAAAUGCAGUCCGUCAUCGGUCCGGCCGAGCCCCAAAUCGAAUUCGAGGCCGACUUCCAAGACGACGGAUUGCAUGCAGGUUACAAACCCCAGUGUUCCUGGCAGCUGGAUUCUCCAGAGGCGGAAAACUUUAGCGGUUCGCUUGGCAGCCCUACGUCGGUCACAUCAUCCCAGUUCCUCAUCCCAGAAUCCUCUGAAGAGAAACCACAGCCUUCAAACACCUGGUUCCACAAUUUUCUCUCUGGAAAAUCCUGAGAACGCACUAGCUUUUAUUUUUCAUGUUCGUUUGUGCCGUUCACUUUUAGGAGGAUGUUUUCGGUUCGUUUUAGGGUUUGUGCCCUUACUGGAAAUUGCUCACAUUUACGUAAUCAACGUCACUACUGUUUCUCAAGGACUUGUGAUACUGACCAGACAGGUGAAGUACUACUGAAGAGCUGAAGGUGGUCGUAUCAUCUCGCGCUCGCUCGGAGCAGUAUGACGUUUUCGUUUAGGAACGUCGCUUCUUUUCAUACGACGGUGUUCGUGCCUCUUUCUUGCAGUGUUAUUGGAGUGAUCGCAGUACAUUUUCAUUCUUGCAGCAUUAUAUUGUGUGCAACAUUUCACUGCUUUUUUUCGAUCCUAAUUUUACUAACCGUUUUGUAGCAGUCAGACGUAGGAGUUCCAAAAAGCAGCCUAAGGCUACGUUUACACGACAACGAUGUAGUCAAAAACGGAAAAGUUUUUCCCUUGCGUUUUUAAAAAGUUUCACGUAUAGCCUACACAACGUUUUCAAAACGAUUCGCGUUUACACAUAUCUGAGAAAACGGCCAAAAACGCUGUAUUACGUAUGUCAGACCAGUGGUUGGUGCUGUCACCUUGUUAGUAAACAGUACCUGUUGUUGCCAUGUGUAUAUGAUGCAUCUCUGUUGUUGGUUGUAAUAUUGGUGAAGUAAAUCCACACUUUGCUGAAGAAGCAUUAGCAAACUCUUGAGCAGAAACAACAGUACCAUGUAGUCUGCCAUGGCUGUGUAUGUUUGUUCGCGCUUGCAUUUAAAAUCGAUAUGUACUGCGCAUGACUACAUACCUAACACGAACUACGCACGCGCAUGACGUCAGCGUUUUCAAAGAUUCCCGUUUUGGGUUUUUACACUGAAACGACAACAGUGCCGUUUAUAAAAACUUGCACUUUGAAACCCGUUUUCAGUCCCCAAAAUGCCGCUGUCAUGUAAACAAACAGGCAAAACGCAUAAAAAGUUUCCCGUUUUUUGCCGAAAACUUUGUCGUGUAAACGGCCCCUAAGUUGAUUGACUAGUUUUCCACACAUUUCUCUGCCAGUAAAACAUGUCGAUAUGCAUUUCAAAAGAUCAAAACCAGUGCAUUUAAGGCUAGUUCUCAAAGCUGUGCCACUUUCAGGUGAUUUAAAAAAAAAAAUUGUAUGUGCUUCAAGCAACAACUUCUCGAUUCUCACUGUCUGUGUAAACAGACCCGUGCACGUUGAAUAAGCUGACAGAACAAAAGCAAAAUGGGAGAAACAUGCAUCUCUGAUUUUUCUUAAACCUUUUAUCCUGAUUAAGGAAAACGGCUGUUAAAGUGAUUUCAUGAUCUUACGUUAUCAGUCUGUGUAAGAUGCAUGUAAACACAAUUUAUUACUGUUAAUCAUGUGAUGCAGCUAGCUACUUGUGUGUAUUUUUGAUUUGUAGUUGACGAUCAGUCAGCAUAACUUGUAGAAAAUUACCUUCUCUGCUAGGGCUGCACGAUUUUGGGAAUAAAAUCAAAUCGUGUUUUUAUUUUUUUUUUUAUCUCCAGGUUUGCUGUGCUUGUUUGUCGGGCUGCACAAUUUGGCCAAAAAAUUUAAUUAUGUAGCAGUGAGACUAAUAAUAUUUGUUUAAUUUUACUAAAUAAAAAUAUAAAAGAAAAUAACAAAUAAUAUUAUUGUAAUAUUUCACUUUAAAAGAUAUUUAAAAAUGUAUAUAUAUUUUAUAGUACAGUUGUUGCAAUACUAAUAUUUGUCUAAAUUUCUUAAUUUUUAACAUUAAACUACAAGCAGCCUUUUCAGUUUGAGAAUUUCAAUUUCUUUUUUUUAUUAUUAUUAAUCGUGCAGCCCUAUUCUCUACAACAUAUUUACCAAAAUCUCUGCUCUUGGUCUAAUAAUCCAUGUUGAAGGAUGUAGGACUAAUUUUUUUAUAUAGUAUUUUCAUCUUUGCUUUCCUAAGGUCAGUGACAUUUAAUGAAUUUGGCAUUAUCCGUACAACAUGUGAAGCACCUUUUAGUUUUUUUGAAAGCAUUGUUUUAUUUCACACCUGAUGAAUAUGGCACUCUCACGUCAUAACACUCCCUGUAUGAACUCAACUAUGUAUCUAAUCAUAGGUGCAUCUGUCCAGGAUGAUAUGUCUUGUGUCCAAGAGAUUGUCAUGGUUUUAAAAUGACUACAGUGCCUCGGGAGAUUAUUAUAUAUUUUUUUUUUUUCUCAAAGAACAGCACCUUCUUUCAAAACAGUUUCCUAGGUUUAUGGGCCCACAUGGACCACAUGGUAAAUUACUGAUGUCAGAAGAACCUGCUAUUCCUUUAGAUUGGACUUUAUCAAUCUAGCAUAAAGAUAUAUAAGUGUGUAUGUAUCCAAUGUUACUGUGAAGGCCUUUUUUCUGAGCACUCUGCAUAUCACUAAUCCUCCAAAACCUUGUGCAGCAGUCAGAACAACAGAUACGUCUCAUCAGGACGACAUGACGCUUGUCACUACAGUGAGAAUGAUUGAUGAAAGUGGACAUGAAAUCAAAAGUGACCUUGUUUAUUUUCUUAAUGCAUGUUGUUGGUGCUAUGUUUUGUUUUUUGUUUUUAAUUUUAAUGAGAAACUAAACCGCUAGAUUGCUAGUUAUGAAACUCCCACUGUGCAUCAUCCAAUCUAGGUUUGAUGUAUGAAAUCAAGGCCUGCCCUGCAUUUGAUUUGUGUUCAGUAUCUCGUUUCACUCUGAAACAUCAUAGUGUGGAAGUAAACGGGUCACAAUGCAAUUUCAUGUCGACUUUGAAGAGCAUCAGAUAGCAGUCAUUAAACUCCUAAUGUGAUGUGUGAUUGAAAGGGCAUUAGAUGAACAUUAAGAAUGAGAUUGUGAAGAAAUAUGAGAGAGGUCAGCAUCUACUGUUGCUUAAGCUUUAAACACUACUGUGAAAGAUUUUAUUUUGUUGAAAUAAUUCGUUACUAAUAUGUCAUUUUUUCGGUUCUGUGUAGAGAUCUUUUAAAGAAGCCUACUAAUGUUUGUUUUUUUAUUUGCUUGUAUGAAUGUAUGAAUGUAUAAUGUACAAAUGUCAAUGAGUAUGCAAUAUUUUAGUUUUUUUAACUGUUGAAUAAUAUGCUUCGAAAGCCUUAGCUUUGGAUUUAGAUUUUAUAUUAGCCGAGAUGAGCGUGCAUGAGGGCAUUUCAUUUUUCUAAAUUAGAUUUGAGCCACUUCCGUAUGCAAUUAAGAUGAGAGGUCACACUACAUAUAUGAGGCGUUAAUGUAAAUAUCUUGUUGACACUGAUGUAAAUAAGCUUUUCUCUUAAGCAUGAAGAUCAUCAGAUGGGAAUAUUGCACCCCAGUUAAUAUUAAAAUAAUAUUAUUGCCUUUAUAUGCAUGACAGAUUCCACAUUCAGCGUUCAGAGAGAGGAAGAGAGGGGCUCUGAAUGAGGAAUAUGAAAUAAUUCCAUAUAGCACUAUAUGAGUGUGUAAACGUCUAGAAAAAAUCAAGAUGUAUGCAGGCAUCUGAGCUUCUAUUACUCUAUUGCUAAUACACUAACAGAAUAUCAACCAGUCUGUAUUAUUAGAGACAAUAAAUACUGAAAAAUAAA